AUGUUGAAGGAGGUGGAACAUUCACACCGGCACUGCUCGGAAGAUCGGCCUCAGAGGCCCAACAGGAGCUUGGGGGAGCAGGGCGUUAUAUGUCUGUGAUAGGGGGGUUGGGGCCAAAUGACUGGCUUGCCAUCAAUCCAGCUCCGCCGACGGAAUCGGGAUGGGAGGGUAUGUUUGUUAUUGACAUCGAUAGGCGGGAUUGGGGCGAAACUGAGACGGAAGAGGAGCAGGAGCUUUCGCAGAAGGCAAUAUCUUGCGAAGGGACCCUUACGAGGAUACCGAGCGCUCUUUGGUGCAACGUAGGGGAGUUACACAGGUGCUUCGGGGAGUAAUUUUGUCAAGGGCAUUUGGGAGGGUGAUGGCUAGCAUGCUGGAUUACCUUCGGGGCUUGGUCUUGGUCUUGAGGGCCUAUAGACAUGGCGGUGAUAAUGGGGCAGCGGAAUGA